AUGAUUGGUGCAAGGUGCCCUAUUGUACUACCACGAGAAAGUGAGUCUAUGCUAUUAGGUUGGUGCUGCUGCAAAAAAAAAUAUGCCACUUUCAGUGAGGCCAUGAAGGCCCUGAAUGCUGCCGAUCAGGUUAUUCAUCCAUCAAAAGACCCAAAGUUGAAGCAGUAUCAUGAUGCCAAAUACCGAGUAUUCCGGGAGCUUUAUGAGCAGCAACUAUCUCAACGUGCAUUAAUUGCUAAAGCUUUGGAAUAGGUACUGCUGCUACUCAGGACUUGUGUAAACUUGUGCAGGAUCAUAAGAGUUUGAUAAAAUCUCAGAAAGAAAUCUUUGUAAAGUUGAUUGGCAUUUUCACCAGAUACAUAACCCAUUGAUUGGCAUUUAUAUCUCUUUUAUUUUUAAAUUUAAUAUCUCAAGUAAGCAUUUUUAUGGUAAUUGUUUUUUUUUCUCUCUACAUAUUCUCUACAAUUUUUACUAUUCACCAUCCUCUACCUCUAGUUAUCUCUAUGGAUGUCUAUGGUAAAGUCCUCUUUGAUCAAAUCCAACUCCAUUUCUAAGAUUAGUACCUUUAUAUCAUCUCUAAAUAAUUCCAUGAUUAGGUUAGUAGCUAAUCUUUAAUUUUAUUAAGUUUCAUGAUGAAGUGAGUAAGAGCUCUAGGUUACUUCAAAUGAUGAUUAUUGACUAUGUUGGGAUAUUUUAAUUUUUUUCUUUCAAUUGCUUUAUUUUUUUUAUGAUUGAAUUGAAUUGCUUGUGACAGUGUGAUGAGAAUUGUAGUAUGUAUUGCAUGUGGGGAUGGGUAAUAGGACUAGAACUUAAGAAUUUGUAAACUCUCAUUUGUCUAUUUUUUAUUAGAUAACCCAAAGUUCUCAAGCGCGCCGCAUGAAGCUUAGUUAUGGAGCAUCAUACUGUGAGUAAUAUAUUGUUUAUAUAUGUAUAUGCAUUAUCCGCUCUCCCCUUUGCAUUAAGCAUGCCUUUAAAUGCGAAAGAGAUUGAUGACACUUAGUGAUUAAUAUGAUAUGCAUGCAUGCAUUAUGUAAACAAUAGAUUUUAAUUGUAUAAUGAGAUUGAGUUAGAACCUCUUAGAUGAUGGGGCAAUCAUUGGACUAUGGGCGCAGGCUU